UCAGUUCCUACCGUUAGUUUCAGUAGUUUCUUAACUGAAAAUGAAAAGGAUAAGCUGAUGCCAAACAGCCCAUCCCUUUCCUUCUCUCCCUCAAAAAUCUUCCAUUAAUGGAACUCUCCAAUCACUUCAUAUCCAUUAAAAAAUCCCCGAUUCUCUUCUUCACCACCAAACCACCCUUCUCCACCAAAGCCCUAACAAAACCCUUUGAUUCACACUCACCGAAACUCACUUCUCCAGCUCACUCACUCCAACUCGAAACCCUUAAAAUCCUAGAAUGGAGUUCCCUCUGUAACCAACUCACUCCCUUCACUUCAACUUCGAUGGGCCAAUCGAUCACUCGAAACGCAAAAAUCCCAAUUGGCAAGAGCAAAGAAGAGAGCCAGAAGCUUCUAGACCAGACUGCAGCUGCAUUGGCUGUGAUGGAAUCUGGACCGUUGGAUUUUUCAGGGAUUGAGGAUAUAACGCGUAUUCUGGAUUCUGCUGUUUCGGGGACCUUGCUUACGGUUGGAGAAUUAUGUGCUGUGAGAAGGACGUUGAGAGCUGCUAGAGCUGUGUUGGAGAGGUUAAAAGAUAGUGGAGAUUGCUCGGAGAGGAUCUCAUCGAUCUUGUUGUCUUUGAAUAGGUAUGCUCCACUGCUUGAAAUACUUCAGAAUUGCAGUUUUCAAAUAGAGUUGGAGAAGAAAGUUGGAUUUUGCAUAGACUGCAAUCUUUCAAAAAUCCUUGAUAGGGCCAGUGAAGAUUUGGAGAUCAUUAGGUCUGAAAGGAAGAGAAACAUGGAAAAUCUGGAUAGGCUGUUGAAGGGAAUAUCAGCUCGGAUUUUUCAAGCUGGGGGUAUCGACAAACCUUUGGUAACGAAGCGCCGCUCCCGGUUGUGUGUGGGAGUCAGGGCUUCUCACAGAUAUUUGAUUCCAGAUGGUGUUGUUUUAAAUGUUAGCAGUUCUGGUGUAACAUACUUUAUGGAGCCUGGUGAGGCAGUUGAAUUGAAUAACUUGGAAGUCAUGCUUUCAGACUCUGAGAAAGCUGAGGAAAUAGCCAUUUUGAGCUUGCUUACAUCUGAAAUAGCAGAAUCAGCAAGGGACAUAAAAUAUAUGUUGGAUGGAAUUAUAGAAGUUGAUCUUUCUUUUGCUAGAGCUGCUUAUGCUUACUGGAUGAAUGGGGUCCGUCCAAUAUGGACUUCAGAGGGAUGUGGAGGCAUUUCUUCCAGUGGAGGAGAUUAUUUAUUAUCAAUAGAUAUUGAAGGUAUACGACACCCAUUGCUCAAUGGGACAUCUAGAAAACGCCUGUCCAAUAUUCUUGGAUCCAACUCUUUGAAUUCCAUGGAGGUGGAUGAGGAUAGCAUGCUAGAUACCGGAAAACCUUCCAAAAAUGUAUCUGAAUUUCCUGUGCCAAUAAACAUUAAAGUGGAAUGUGGAACCAGAGUGGUUGUGAUAUCAGGACCAAACACUGGAGGGAAAACUGCUUCAAUGAAAACUCUAGGUGUGGCAUCUCUCAUGUCAAAGGCUGGUUUAUAUUUGCCUGCUAAAAACACCCCAAAGCUUCCAUGGUUUGAUUUUGUUCUAGCAGAUAUUGGGGACCACCAGUCUCUGGAACAAAAUCUCUCAACUUUUAGCGGGCACAUAUCACGGAUUUGUAAGAUCUUGGAAGUGGCUUCAAAUGAAUCACUUGUCCUCGUUGAUGAAAUUUGUAGUGGAACUGAUCCUUCUGAGGGAGUGGCACUUUCAACCAGUAUCUUGCAUUAUCUGAGAGAUCAUGUUAACUUAGCUGUUGUGACAACUCAUUAUGCUGAUUUAAGUCUCCUGAAAGAUAAGGAUAGUCGAUUUGAGAAUGCAGCCAUGGAAUUUUCUCUUGAAACAUUACAACCUACGUAUCAGAUACUCUGGGGGUGUACUGGUGAUUCAAAUGCAUUAAGCAUUGCUAAAUCAAUUGGUUUUGACAGUAAUAUAAUUGAACGAGCACGGAAGUGGGUGGAGAAGUUAGUUCCUGAAAAGCAGCAAGAGCGAAGUGGCAUGCUGUAUCAAUCAUUGUUGGAGGAAAGAAACAGAUUGGAAGCUCAGGCCAGGAAAGGUGCAUCUCUUCAUACAGAAAUUAUGGAGCUUUACCAUGAGAUUCAAGCUGAAUCUGAAGACCUUGAUGGGCGUGUAAAAGCUCUCAUGGCAAAGGAAACCCAACUGGUCCAACUGGAACUGAAGGCUGCAAACUCGCAGAUUGAAACUGUGGUGCAGAAUGUUGAAACUCAGCUCAGAAAAGCCAGUCCAGAUCAGUUCAAUUCACUGAUUAAGAAAUCAGAAUCUGCAAUUGCAUCUAUUGUUGAAGCUCACUGCUCAAGUGACAGUCUUCCUGCCAGUGAAACAGAUACGAGCUCAUAUACCCCACAACUUGGGGAGCAAGUUCUUGUAAAGAGACUUGGAAACAAGUUAGCUACUGUAGUUGAAGCACCUCGUGAUGAUGAGACAGUCUUAGUUCAAUAUGGUAAAAUAAGAGUUCGAAUGAAGAAAAGUGACAUUAGAGCAAUUAAAAGUGAUAAAAAAAGCAAAGCAACCAUUUUGGUCCCUAGUUUGAAGAGACAGGUAAAGCAGAGUUUUUCAGAGCUCAACAAAGAUGAGGAGGUUUCUCAUGGCCCACGAGUGCAGACAUCAAAGAACACUGUGGAUCUGCGAGGCAUGCGAGUGGAAGAAGCUGCUCAGCACCUCAACAUGGCCAUAUCUGCAAGAGAGCCGCUCUCAGUUAUUUUUGUUGUGCAUGGCAUGGGCACUGGAGCUGUUAAGGAGGGCGCACUGGAGGUACUAGGUGAGCUUAGACUGAAACACUUAAAACUUUCUAUGCUAAUAACGCAGUCAUGUUGAUUCCAUCAGGUGAGCUUAAACCGGCACACACUUAAAAUUUUCUAUGCUGAGGAAACCAACCUUGUGACCUUAGCCAGUUAGGCGGAAUGUCCUCUUGUUGGUGAAUAUUGUUCUUUUCAUCCUGGUAUGACCGUUGCUGCACUAAAACUAGGCCAGCCAAUACCACCACCAAUUUCACCUCCACUGACAACUUCUCUCCCCCCUGCUGCACCAUUACAAAGGCCAAUAUCAAUUCCAAGGUUGCCACUAGCUUGUCCAACACCGAAAUUGCCACCACCUCCCCAUGACCAUGUUUCUUGAAGAUCCAGGCUAUCAGGUUUGCGAGUUCCUUGAUCCUUGUCCGUGAGAACCCUAUUGGCAGAAAGGAGUCCAAAUCCUAGAAUUAGAAUCAAUUAGGCUAAGCAAAGAUAGUUUAGACACUACUAUUUUUUGGAUUAUUUUCAUGCUUUGAAUGACUUUUAGCAGGCAUGGAGGCAAACUGCUUAAUUUAUAGGGUGCAAAUCGAUAGUGUAUGGUGCAUGGUUUUCUUGUUUGAGGGUAAAAAGGCUUGAAGAAUGGUAUUGGUUGAGUAAAAUUUGCAAGAAAAGAGAUGGUUUUCUGCAACUUUGUUCUUGAAAUUGGGAAUGUGAGCAGAUUUGAAGCUAUUAUUGAAACUGCACCUUUUUCUAUCAGCGAGAUUGUUAGAUGCAAUCUCCAGGUGGAUAAACAUGCAGGAGUAAAGGAGGCUACAUAACUGUGAUCCAAAAAUCUCUUGCAAUGUUUUGCAAAAAAAUUUGGUGCAGGGCACAAUACUUUUUUAGCGCUUAGGGAUAUUAAUAUAAAAACUCAUCUGAGAUUCUGAGCACCUCAUUACAUUGGCUUAUAGACAUCACAGAGUUACUAACCAUUAUGGUAGCUGAAUCAAAAAGGCCAACUCAUUUGAUGCACAUUCAAAUGGAAUAUCAUGCUAGAUUUAUUCUCAAUCCCCGGUAAAUCUUUUUCUUCUUCUUUUUUUUACUUUGGAUUUCAUAAUUCUUGCAUUUUCUUUUCAUACAAGAUCUAUGAACUUUUACCACCAUCUUUGCGUGCAUUAAUGCUACUAUAAGCCGUUAUAUUUUGAGGUUACUGUCCUGUUAUUAUACAAGUGAAACCUAUAUGAUUAUCUCUUGGCGUGAAAU